AUCGAAGAUAAGAUGGAAGAUAGAGUUGUCAAACAAAACGACACGGUUGUCUGCUAUGCCCCGUCGAUGAUAACAACAAACGGUAUAUGGCAAAGCGACAAUCCACUCAACUAUUCCCUCCCACUUUUCGUACUCCAACUAACAUUGGUGGUUGUAACCACCCGUUUCCUCGUCCUUAUCUUGAAACCGCUUCGACAGCCUCGUGUCAUCGCUGAAAUCCUUGGCGGGGUGAUAUUAGGCCCGUCAUUAUUCGGGCAGAAUGAGGAGUUUGCCAACACGGUUUUUCCCAUUAGAAGCGUGAUGGUUCUCGAGACCAUGGCUAACAUUGGUCUACUUUACUUCAUCUUCCUAAUCGGUCUCGCGACCGAUCUCAACGUUCUCCGUCGAACCGGAAAACAAGCCUUUGUCGUCGCGCUUUCUGGUAUGAUCAUCCCAUUCAUCAUCGGAAUAUUCUUCUCCUAUUUCCUUCGGGAGAAAGCACAUGCAGUUAACCAAUACACGUUCAUGAUGUUCCUUAGUGUUGCCUUAUCUGUGACUGCGUUCCCCGUCCUCUCGAGAAUCCUCGCCGAACUAAAGCUACUCAACACCGACAUUGGUAGGCUCGCAAUGUCAUCUGCCCUCGUGAUGGAUGCGAUUGCCUGGAUUUUGCUUGCAUUCGCUGUCGCAUUGGCCGAUGAAGGUUCGACCUCGGUCGCGACCGUUUCCGUGCUUCUCUCGAGCGUGGGGUUUGUCUUCUUUUGCACGGUCGUGGUGCGACCAAUGGUGGGCUGGAUGGUGAAUCGGACGAGAGAUGGGGAGUCAAUUAGCGAUUUUUGCGUGUGCUUGGUACUCGCGGGAGUGUUGAUAUCGGGAUUCGUGACUGAUGCAAUCGGGACUAACGCGGUGUUUGGUGCGUUUGUGUUCGGGUUGGUGAUACCGAACGGGCAACUUGAAAUUACGUUGAUUGAGAAGCUUGAGGAUUUUGUAUCAGGUCUUCUGCUUCCUUUGUUUUUUGCUACAAGCGGGCUGAAAACAAAUGUGACACAAAUAACCGGAGUCGCUACCUGGUUUUAUUUGAUCCUUGUGGUCGUUCUUUCCCUCAUCGGAAAAGUGGUCGGAACCUUGAUCGCCACCACGUAUUAUCAGAUGCCGUUACGCGACGGAGUUACGCUUGGUCUCUUGAUGAAUAGCAAAGGCCUUAUUGAGGUUAUCGUGCUCAACAUUGGCAAAGACCAAAAUGUUUUGGAUGAGAAGACAUUUGCGAUAAUGGUUGUCAUAGCUAUGAGCUUGACCUCGAUGAUCAUGCCUUCAGUGACAUCAAUUUACAAGCCUACACGUAAGUUCGCCCCUUACAAGAGAAGAUCAAUUCAACUGUCCAGACCGGACGUAGAACUAAAGAUCUUAGUUUGCAUACACACACAACGCAAUGUCCCAACCAUAGUCAACCUCCUCGAGGCUUCCUACCCAUCCAAACGAUCUCCAAUUUGCGUUUAUGUCCUCCACCUCGUCGAGCUGACGGGCCGAGCCUCUGCCAUGCUCAUUGCCAAUCAUAAUCGACCCACGGCAAACCCAACCAAAGCCCAAUCCGACAACAUCAUUCGCGCGUUUUCAGAUUUCGAACGCACGGGCUACGUCUCGAUCCAACCUCUAACCGCGAUCUCGCCCUAUUCCACAAUGCACGACGACAUCUGCUGGAUGGCCGAGGACAAACGUGUGUCGUUCAUAAUCAUCCCGUUCCACAAGCAACAAACGGUCGACGGAGGAAUGGAGUCAGUGAACUCGACCUUCCGUUCGAUAAACCAAAACGUGUUGGAGAAUGCAGCAUGCUCGGUUGGGAUAUUGGUCGACCGAGGGCUAUCCCCCGUCAACGAGGUGUCGCACCACGUGGUUGUCCUGUUUUUCGGCGGCCGCGACGAUCGUGAAGCCCUUGCAUACGGCUGGCGAAUGUCGGAACACCCUGCGAUCAGGCUCAUGGUUAUACGGUUCCUACCCGGGAACUUAGCGACCGAGAUGGAAAAUCGUGGAGGCUCGACAUUCGAGAACGUCGACAAACGACGGGACGAGGACUACGUGAACGAGUUUAGAGCGUGGACUUCGAACAACGAAUCGGUUAGAUAUGUGGAGCAAGUGGUGAAUAACGGGGAGGAGACAAUGGCGUGUAUAAGAUCGAUAGAUCCGAUUCAUGAUUUGUUCAUUGUGGGACGAGAUGAAGGGAGGAUAUCGCCUUUGAAGGCCGGAUUGACGGAUUGGAGCGAGUGCCCGGAGUUGGGGGCUAUUGGGGACUUAAUAGCGUCAUCGGAUUUUGCGAUUUCGGUAUCGGUUUUGGUGGUGCAACAAUAUUCAGGGACAGGAAUGUUAGAUGAUGAGUUUGCUGUGCAGGAGAGUCCAACUAGGGUGCCACAAAAUUACCAAUAUAGUAACUUUAGUAUUGAUGGUGAUUACAACCGUUCACCACAAUGGAAGAAUUAUUAGCCCAACCUUAGGCCUUGUUUUUUCUUGAGUUUUGUUAGUAUAUGUAGAGUAAAUAUUAUACAUAGCAUUUCAAUCAUUGGGUUAAUUUAAUCUCUUCUUGUUUUUACUUUUUACCAAUGGAAAAGUUUA